CCGCCUCCCCCCUCAGGAAACGACAGCUGCGCGGGGCUGGCGCCGCCUCCCGCCACCUACCACGUCCGCCCCGCCGUCGCCGUCGCCGUCGCCCGGCGCCCCAGCCCGGCCGCGGCGCUCCCCGCCUCCCCGCUAGAGCAGCCGGCGGCUCUGCCCGGCUGCCGCCCGGCAUGAACAUCAUGGAUUUCAACGUGAAGAAACUGGCGGCCGACGCGGGCACCUUCCUCAGCCGGGCCGUGCAGUUCACAGAAGAGAAGCUUGGUCAAGCAGAGAAGACAGAACUGGAUGCUCACCUGGAAAACCUCCUUAGCAAAGCUGAAUGUACCAAAAUAUGGACAGAAAAAAUAAUGAAACAGACGGAAGUGCUGUUACAGCCGAAUCCAAAUGCCAGGAUAGAAGAAUUUGUUUAUGAGAAACUGGAUAGAAAAGCACCAAGUCGUAUAAACAACCCAGAACUUUUGGGACAAUAUAUGAUUGAUGCAGGAACUGAGUUUGGCCCAGGGACAGCUUAUGGCAAUGCCCUUAUUAAAUGUGGAGAAACACAGAAGCGAAUUGGAACUGCUGACCGAGAGCUGAUUCAAACAUCAGCCUUAAAUUUCCUCACUCCUUUAAGAAACUUUAUAGAAGGGGACUACAAAACAAUCGCAAAAGAAAGGAAACUAUUACAGAAUAAGAGACUGGAUUUGGAUGCUGCAAAAACAAGACUAAGAAAGGCAAAAGCUGCAGAAACUAAAAGUUCACAACUAAACUCCGCCCGCCCUGAAGGAGAUAACAUUAUGGUAAAUUUCUCUUACAUGCUCAACUUCCUGCAUGUAAAAUGGCUGAAGAUUUGGGCAGAGGAAGUGACAAAAUCUGAACAGGAAUUAAGAAUAACUCAAAGUGAAUUUGAUCGUCAGGCGGAGAUUACCCGACUCCUGCUGGAGGGAAUCAGCAGUACACAUGCCCAUCAUCUCCGCUGUCUGAAUGACUUUGUAGAAGCCCAGAUGACCUACUACGCACAGUGUUACCAGUAUAUGUUAGACCUACAAAAACAACUGGGAAGUUUUCCAUCCAAUUAUCUUUCUAACAACAAUCAGACCUCUGGGACUCCAGUGCCGUAUGCCUUGUCCAAUGCAAUUGGUCCUUCUGCUCAGGCUUCACCGGGCAGCCUAGUAAUCACCUGCCCUCCUAACCUCAAUGACCUUAAAGAGUCCAGCAACAGCAGGAAGGCCAGGGUCCUCUAUGACUACGACGCUGCAAAUAGCACUGAACUGUCUCUCCUGGCAGAUGAGGUAAUCACUGUGUUCAGUGUCGUUGGAAUGGACUCUGACUGGCUAAUGGGAGAGAGAGGAAAUCAGAAGGGCAAGGUGCCAAUUACCUACUUAGAACUUCUCAAUUAAGCAGGGAGACCAUGAGAGGUUACCCAUCACAACACCAUAUUUAUAUAAAUAACUCUAAAGCAGGUCUAAAUAUCUUCCAAUGUUAAUGUCAUAAGAGACUGAAAAAGAAAAAUUAUAAGCCAUCAGAAACUGGCCAUUCUGCCAAUAAAACUGCAUGGUUAAUCCUUCAUUACAGAAUCUAUGUUAGCAAUUUCAUGACAAAAGUGUUUUCUUAAACAAUUCUCUUUCUACUGAGGUUUUACUAACAAGCAACUUCUACUUUUGAGCCCCAACUUAAAAUCAAAAGGAUUCUUUUCUACUGAAUUUUUCAUUAACAGGAAGCUUUUUCUUUUAUGCAAAAUAAAUUUAUUGUGCAUGAUACCAUGACUCAUUUAUUAGGUGCAAUAGCCAAAGAAUAAAGUAAAAACUCCUUUUUACCUUGCUGCCCAAUAGGAAUCAGAUGACUUAAAUACUAGGCCUUGCUAGGGUCUCUUGGCUUUGGAGUUUUGCUUGGUUUGGGUUGGGUUUGGUUUAUUUAUGUUUAAUACACUACUGGAUAGUUUCUUUUAAACCUGAGUCUUGAAAAGUAUUAACUUAUUUCAUAAUUUUGUUAAGAUUGCAGAACACUGGGGACAAAUUCAUUCACUAAGAAUAAUCUUAAGAUUAUUUAGUUGCCAAAAUUUGAUGCACAAUCAGAAUUGCAUCCAUUGAAAAGAUACUACACUACAGUAAAGACUUGUUGUUGAACAGUGACUGUGUAUAAAAUACAGAUUAGUGCAACAGCCUUCAUUAUAGGCUGAGUCAUGGUCAUGCGGUGGCUGUAGUCUGUCUUCAGCAGUGUCUUUGGUUAUGUGGUGCACUCUCUGGAGAUUGCUAAGGACACAUUUAGAACUAGAGAACUGCUGUGAGGACCAUGCUAUCCAUCAGCAAACUUUGCUACAAAUUGCCAAUUGAGGAACCCUUUGGUUAGGUCUUCAUGUCUCACUCAUUCAUCGUUCAUCCAUCCAUUCAAAAGACAUUUAUUGAGGACCAGGUACUUUGUUGAUCAACCAAGUAUACCUCUAACAGGAUUGGUAUUGUGAUGGAAGAAAUAGAAGUGUUGUGUUUAGGAAUUACCUGGUUUGGGUCUGAAGUCAGAAGUUGACCCAGGUAGAAGGAAGAAGUUGUUUUAGGCCUUGAACCAAUAGAACAUACAAUUGUUCAGAGUAGCUUAGCAGUGCGGUACAAAAGUGCAGUUCUCUUACUCAGAGAGUCUUGUAUUGUAAACUUUUGAGCCCUAAAGUACUAUUUAAAUAGCACUUUAAAACAUCCGUUUGUGUUAAGAGCCCCUAAGAGCUUGGUAAACAUGGAAAACUUGGUUCUUGGUCCCAGCAUUAGUACCCCCUAUGUCUGCAGUCAGAUAAAUUCCUCUGUAGUUUCCUAGUUCUGUAAGACUGAGUUACACACUUGAGGAUCUCCAGAAACAGCUUGAGAUGCUAGUGUUGUAGGGGAUCCAGUGAAUGAGGCUGUUGUUCUUCUUCUUCCUCAGAAAGGAAGUCUUACAGCCUAAAGCACCCUCUGUUAUAUUUAUCCAAAAUUAGGUUUUGAGGGACUAUAAAACUUUGGGUGACUUUAAACAGCAGCUUAAGUUCAGCAAAUUAAGUUUAUGGGAAAUAGAUCAGUGCAGGAGAAAAUAUAAAUAUGGACUGAAUUGAUUCUGGUUUGUAUCCUCACACACUGGGCUCCCUGGAGUUCAACUCAGAUUUAGAGCUGCCAUUUUUUAAUCAGUAAAAUGGAGAUAAGUAUGUCACCUAGCAGGAGACUAUUCCACAAGUAUUGCUUUGUGUUUUGUGCUUUUUCAAAGACCUGGCAUAUAGUAAACAUGUUGUAAGCACAGAUGCCCUUUUCAGUCCCUGACACAUGGGCAGUGAGGAACAUGGCUGACCUCUGUGCUGUGCUUGCUCCCGGAAGCCCAUUCUCCACCUACCUUAAACCCGAGAAGAGCCCACUCACUCCCAUCCUCUGUGUAAGCUCUGUAGCAGGACCUUGUGCUUCCAGCAGGAGUGCUGGUUACUGAAGACGCACUUAGAUACACGAGGAUCCACACUGUAGUAUUAAUAAAGCAAAGGCUCCUUCCUUGUACCUUUGUCUGUGCUAGACCCAAUGUAAUCCUUAGGCAUGUUCUUUUGUUUUCAUGAGCUUCAUUGUUUGAUUGGGUGUUUUCUUUAAUUUUGAUUUUGACUUAAAGUUAUGGGUUUAGUUCUUGCUCAGGUAAAGGCCCAAGGAAAUUGUGUCGCAUAGAAGAAAACUCUUAGAAAACCUGUUAAUUUGUGGUGUAAUUCAAAGUUAUUUAAAUAAACUCUUGGCCCCUGAGCAUAAUUCAAUAGCACAGUAAUGAGUGGAGGGUGCAUAUAUUCCUGAAAUAAUAAAUGAGAUAUUUAUAGGCCCUCUACAAACUGAAAAAGAAGUGGAUUUUAGCUACCUUUGUCCUUAAAGUAAUCUGACUCACGAGGUUAUAGUUAAAACAUUUUUUCAUGGUGCUAACCAAAAAAAAUUCAUGUUGCAGGAGAUGAGGUUCCUAAAAUAAGAAUGUUCCUCACUCCAAUGGGACAAGGAAAAUAAGGCCUAAGCCAGCAUCCCCAGAUUGCCACAGCCCAUCCUUCCAGUCGAGUACCUUCAUAGCAGGAGCAAAAGGAAGCUAGUGUUAGGUAGGAGGAGAGAAGAUGGCACAGACUUGUUUAUGCAGAGAGCUCUCACAGAGGACUGCUUUGUCACACAGUCCCAGCACCUGAAACUUUGCAAUGAACUGCCUAGUGGCACAAGCCAGAGUGAAGAGCUGUGGAGGGGAGCAUGGCUCAUAGCCAGCUCUGCCCCACGCCCUCUGCUUCCCUGUCACAUCAUAAAACUGAUGUUAGGGAAAGUUCACGCCUGCCUUCUCCACUUUGUCCUAAUUAGAAUGUUGGUAAAGUACAAGACUUUAAACCGGCAGUAUCAGCAUUGCUGCAAAGUUGAAAAUGCUAAUUGCUGUUUUCAAAUAUUCUACCUUAUUUAUCCUUUUGUCUACACGGGCCUGUGGAUUAGUAGCAUUAAUCUUCCCUGUGACCGCUUUUUAAAUAUUUUAAGACAAAAACUUAAUUUUACUUUCUUUACUGUGUUCUAACUAUUAAUUGUAAUUAUGUUGUUAUUUUUAUAAUUUAUUUAUUUAGCAUGUAACUGUUGCUUUAGAAUGUAGCCUUUCUAAGAUAGAGACUAUAAUUCUGUUAAUCAUAAAUUACUCUUAGCACACAGCUUGGCUCUUAUAUAUGCUCAAUAAAUACUUGUUGGGUAAAAGGGAAAAAAUGCUAACACCUGUGUCUUCCCCCACAAAACCUACUGAGCCAAACUCUGGAUGUAGGGCCCCACAGUUAUACAGUAAGCAUUUGCAUGAUCCUGCAGUAGUCAGUUGUGAGAACCACUGCAGAGCUGACGGAGCUGACCAUUCACCCUCAGGCACCUACAACUUGACAACACUUGAACAUUUCCCCUUGCCUCUGUUAGCCUUACCGCCACCCUCACUGGCUGAGGUCUACGUGGGUCUGAGGGUAGAAGGGUACAGUCGGUGGCAUCGAGGAAAGGACUGUGUAGAACAGCAGGACCUGGGUGACAGGAUUCUGGGAAUGUGGACCCACCAUUAGGAUGCGAAAUUACAAUUAUGAAGUAGCAAUGAAAAUAAUGUUAUGGUUGAGGUCACCACAACAUGAGGAACUGUAUUAGAGGGCCACAGUGUUACACAGGCUGAGGAUCACAGCUCUAAAGAAAGUGAGCUCUAACCACCAUACUUCCAUACAGUGCCUUUGAACUGGGGUUUAGCUUCAAGACACCCUGAGAAACCAGUGAAGCAGUAUUAGACUAAUGUAUGCACACCUCUGUACCUCAGUCCCUAAGCUGUAGUCUAACUCCUACAACAGGAGGCUUUUUAAGAAUUGUUAAUGCUUUUUUAUUAAUACAAGUCAUAAUAUACUGACAAAAAGAAAAAUUUUAGAGGUUAAAAAUAAACCAUGGCCUACAGUUCCACUAUCAGAGAAGUGCUGUGCCUGAGGUGGCCUCCAGGCUCCCUGCACACUUACAGACUUUUUAAACAGGAUCAAAUUGUACAUGCUGUUUUGUAACUUUUUCACUCAACAGUCCCAUGCCUAUCUUGCUGUGUCAUGUGUGUCUACAUCUUUUUUAAUGGAUGCAUGAUAUUUCCUCAUAUGUGCCACAUUUUGUUAAACUACUGUUGAAUUUUUAGGUUUCCAGUUUUUCACUAAUAAACUGCUUUGAAGA